AUAAGUAAUGCCAUUGACAACUAUGUCAUCCAGCAAUAAAUCGACAAACACUACACUAUAUCCGAGUGCAUAUCGAGAGGUCAGUGUCGUGUCUCUGCCAACACUUCUCGCAUUUAACUACAGGAGUAGACGUCGACUAAACAACAAUCAUAAUAAUGAGCUUCAAUGUAAAUCGCGUGAGAAGAUGGACGGGUCAGUCGAGUUCAUGGAGACUCUGCCGCCGACCAACGAUGGCGUACGUCUACCGCAAGUACAUUAUGUUAACUCCGAUCACUUGGGCUCUGCCUUCUCGGCCAUGAAUGCUAUGCGACAAAGCAAUCAAUUGUGUGACAUCUCGCUGGAAGUGCUCGAUAAUAGCGGUUCCGGUGGGUCACCGCCGACUACCACAACGGCCAUCGGGUCGACUACAGUGCCGGCGGCUAAUGUGCGCCAAUUGAAAGCCCAUAAGGUUGUGUUGGCCGCCGCCAGCGCUUACUUCAACGCUAUGUUUAACAGUGAAAUGGCAGAGCGAAACAAAACUGUGAUAACACUCCACGACCUGGACAUGACUGCACUCAACCUUCUAGUCGAUUACGCCUAUACGGGACAGAUCUGUAUCACCGAAGAGAACGUACAGUCGCUUCUGCCGGCGGCCAGUCUUCUGCAGGUGUCGUCGGUUCGGGAGGCGUGUUGUAAGUUCCUAUUGAGACAACUCCACCCCUCCAACUGUCUCGGCAUUCGCAGCUUCGCCGACGCCCACUCCUGCGAAGAACUCCAGACCACUUCCCAUAAGUACGCGUUGGAGAACUUCCAAGAAGUGGCCCAAACCGAAGAGUUCCUACUGUUGCCCAUCACCGAAGUGGAGAACCUGAUCGCCAGCGAUCAGCUCAACGUCGGCAAUGAGGAGAUGGUGUACAGCGCUGUCAUGUCGUGGCUGAAGCACGACCUCAAACACCGGGAACAAUAUGUGGGGAAUCUUAUGCAACACGUGAGGCUACCGCUGAUGGAGCGCACAUUCCUGUUGGAUGAGGUCAGCAAAGAUACGCUCAUUAAGUCCAACCAAUCGGGCAAAGAUCUACUUAUUGAGGCCAUGAUCUAUCACUUGAGCCCCGAGAGUCGUCGGGGAAUGCUGUCGGUGCGGACCCAACAGCGGACUCCCGACGGUCUUAAGCCGUAUAUCUUCGCCAUCGGCGGCGGCUCUCUGUUCGCCAUUCAUAACGAGUGCGAGUUCUAUAACCCAAGACUGGAUCGAUGGGGUUCUUUGGCGCCGACCACUCAGAGGAGGUCCAGAGCCGGUGUCGUACCACUCAAUAGAUUAGUGUUUGCAAUCGGCGGAUAUAAUGGCACAAAAGACUUGUCUUCGGCUGAGUUCUACGACCCGUUGAUGAAUAAGUGGACUAAUAUUAAACAUAUGGGAACAAAGCGAAGUUGUUUAGGAGUGGCCGCACUUAAUGGUCUUCUAUACGUGGCCGGAGGUUAUGACGGUGCUUCGUGUCUGAAUAGUGUCGAGCGUUACGACCCAUUAGUGGCCGAAUGGUCUUCAGUACAGGCGAUGGAAACCAGAAGAAGAUAUUGUCGACUAUCAGUACUCGAGGGCUGUCUCUAUGCAGUGGGUGGUUAUGACGGCUCCAACUAUCAGUCAUCCAUUGAAAGGUUUGAUCCACGAGAGGGCAAAUGGCAGUCAAUGCCAGCGAUGAUAAGCCGCCGAUCGUCAACGCCACAGCGGCGAGACCUGUCUGUCGAUAUGCAACAGCCUCCUUUACUGCCGAGGGAAACGUACACAUCACGGCUCGCUAAACUAGGCAACUCCUUACGGACCCUUAGCCAAGGCAGCUUGCACUCCAGAAGGAGUACACAUGAAGUGAUUGAAGCCGAGGGUCUUCUGUACGCCAUCGGCGGUAAUGACGGCAGCAGUAGUUUGAAUACAGUGGAGACGUACGACCCGUUGACCAACAAAUGGUCAUUAGUUAUGUCAAUGAUGUUGAGGAGGAGUAGUGUCGGCGCCGCUGUCCUCGACUGCCCGAACCUCGAAGACAUGUUCACCACUCGUCUCGAUAUGACUGCCAACACAUCGUUAACCAGUUCUACAAUUUCUACUUCGACUGAGUCUUAA